AUGUGCGGCGUCGCGGUCGUGAGCAAGGCGAAGGCGAACGAGCAGGAGGCGGCGGCGAAGCUUGUGGCGGCGCGCGAGGAGGAGUACGGGGGUAGCGGCGGGGAUCGAACCGGGGGCGAGGGGGGAGCGACGAUCGCGGCGAGGAGGACGAGCGUCGACAUCGGGACGGAGGGCGGCGCGGUGGCGAUUUUGAACCUGUCGCCGGGACCGGGAGCGGGGGGGGCGAAGGCGGGGGCGUACAGAGAUCUCGAGAUGGAGUCCGUGGACGAGGAGGGCCGCGCUUCUUUCGCGAAUCAUCGAUAG